CGGCUACAGAUCUUCCGAGGGAUUGGCGCCCCUUGUGGUCUCUCGUUCGGUGAUUAGGACCAGAGUCCCAUGUGCGCUGUGUUGCACAUCAGGUGAGAUCCGGGUAGGUUAGUGGUUUGCUAUGGAUUGGAUCUUAUCUCUGGCUCUUGAGGCUCGGUUGGAUUUAUUGGCUCCUUGCUACCUUGCUGGGACGGCUAAGAUGCACUGUUCAUCUGUAUUCUGUCAUCUGUGGCUGGGUUGGUGUAGGGAUCGUCUCCGGUUUGCCCGGCAUGGGUACAGUUGUCAUUGGCAGAAAUGGGGUGUCCACCUUCGACCAGUCAUCACCCAUAUGUCGUGUGUCUUUACCUCUUUCUCUUUUUUGCCAUCUGGUCGGUGUCGUUGGUCCGUGCAGCUUCAAAUUGUCGUCGUGCUAUAUAUUUGCAUCGGGAGAGGGCGUUUCUGGGCAGUAGUUGCCACUCCCAACCCACGGUCAAUUGCACGAAGUGGUCGGACCCUCGCCGACCGUGGAUGUGGAAUGAUAGUUUUCGGGAUCCACCAUGUACCAUGCUCAUUCUACACUUUCCACCAUGAUGGAGGUGGUCUGUAUCUACACCGCGCGCGUCCAUGGACAGCGGACACAGUGCGCCGGUGGAAAGGUAUGUUACCGCACCUACGAUAAUAUAACACCCGACCACAGGCUACUCAGCACAGGACCAAUCGAGAUAGAUAAAAAACAUAAGAUGAAAAUAUAUAGAAGUAGAAAGCCCGCCUAUAACUCAGACUAAUAAGGCAGCAAAUCUAUUGCGCAUUGAGAACCUUGAAGUCAUGUAUUGUUUC